AUGUUGUCUUCAAAACUGGCUAUCGUCACAGGUGGAGGAUCUGGAAUCGGACAAGAAAUCUGUAAAAAGCUUGCUGCGUCUGGAGCUAAUUUAAUUGUCGCUGAUUUGAAGAAGUCAGCUGCAGAAAACACAGCAAAGCUUUUAACUGGAAGUGCACAUACUGCUUUCGAGAUUGAUGUCAGCAAGUUGAAUGAUGUGAAUCGCCUCAAAGAGUUUAUUCAAAACUGGAAAACUUCUCCCUCCGUGCUCGUCAAUUGUGCUGGAAUCACCAAGGAUUCUACUUUGCUGAAAAUGAGUCAAGAGCAGUGGGAAGAUGUGAUGAAUGUCAACUUGAACAGUAUAUUUAUGAUGUCUCAAAUGGUAGCACGCGAAUCGGUGAAAAGCAAGACCCCUUUAUCAAUUGUGAAUGUGUCAUCAAUUGUUGGGAAAAUCGGAAAUUUCGGCCAGACCAACUACGCUGCUACAAAAGCCGGAGUCAUCGGAUUCACAAAGUCUGCUGCUAGAGAGCUCGCUACCAAGAAUGUCCGCGUCAAUGCCGUUCUGCCCGGAUUCAUUCGCACUCCAAUGACAGAAGCGAUGCCUCCGAAAGUUCUAGAAUCAAUGGUUUCUAUGGUCCCACAGCGGAGACUCGGAGAACCAGAGGAAAUUGCCAACGCUGUCUUGUUUCUAGCAUCAGAUACGUCAUCCUAUGUCACUGGUACUACUCUGGAAGUUACCGGGGGACUUGGAAUGUGA